AUGACACGUAGAAAGCUCAUGCUGCCAAAUCUUAACAGUCCUGUGCGCCGUGGCUCUCUCAGCAGCCUCCUGGGAGAUGAUCUGAGACAGUUCUCUGCUUUCCGGCGUAAUUGCCGUUCUCCAGCCCGGAACAGUCAAGGAAGAAGCCCCUCACCCCAGUGUCGCAAGGAAGAAAGGGUGUCUGAGCCAGAAAAUGUGAGCUCCCGAAAGCCAGCCAAUCUCUUAAUUCCAUCACUCAACACAUAUGGCCCACCAGAUCUCAGUCCAAGAGUGGUGGAUGGAAUUGAGGAUAGUGGUGAUAUCUCUGAAAGCCAAACUUUUCAGUUCAACAUGGACAACUCAAGGGCAAGGUCUCCGAUCAGGCAGUCUCCUGUAGCAGGUAUA